AGAUGAGGAAGACACCAUUACAAUUAUUCCAUUUUUUUAAACGUGGUUAUUCAAACCGCAACAUCUUGUCCUUGAGCAAGAAGGGUUUCUGGGCUGACAUAUUCCCUCAUGAGGCAACAAAUGAUCUUUCUAACCUUCUUGUUGGUCAACCACAAGUCAUCUAUGCUGGAUUCGAUCCUACUGCUGGCUCCUUGCAUCUUGGGCAUCUGGUGGUUAUCCAGGCUUUGCUUCAUGCGCAAAGAGCAGGUGAAGUGCACCAUAUUAUAUUUUUCUCUUCAGAUUUUGAAUCAGAGUUAAACUUUGUUAAUGGAUUGAACUAAUUGCUGUGAUUGAUAUGAUGAGAAUUGUUAGAGAUUAUAGUUGAUGAAACAUUUCCAAAGCAGGUACAAGGGUAGUUUGACAGUGAAUGAGAAUCUCAAGUAUGUGCUUAAGGGUGGCAAGGUGACUCCUAUGACAAAGCAGCCUUAUAGAUGGCUGCAGGCCAAGUUUGAGCAUGGUAGCUUGCUCCCAUCAGGAGAUAUAGUACUCAAAUUAAAACCAUCUUUGGAAAAUGGAUGAAAAUCUUAUUGAGCAGCAUGCAAUGAUCCAAUAUUUGAUGCAGAAGGACAAGAAUGCAAUACAAAUUCAUGAAGAGCUUGUUGAUGCUUACCAGGUCUAUGCUUUACCAUACAGUAUGGUUGGGUGCUGGAUCAGUAAAUUUUGUUGUGGUUGGCAGUCAUUCAAAAGCUAACUGUCCACUGGGGCGACUUUCAUGUGUUUUGAUGUUUGAAAUCAGAUCCCAAAGGAAAAAGGUUUUUGACUGAUGAAGUGCAGGAGGCUGUGAUGAGAUGGUUUGACAGCAUGCCUUUGGAAUUCUGGACUGCUGGUGUAAACAAGUGUAAAGAAAGAUGGUUGAAGUGUAGUAGCAUUAAUGGUGAUUAGGUUGAAAAAUAAAUGGCAGUUAAUGGCCCACAGUGCUUCCUUACCGAGAUUCUCUCUCAUUGUCUAACUACCCUCAUGUAAACAUUCUGAAUUGUCAGUGAAAGAAGUAUGAAGGCCUUCUGGCUUCUUGUAUCUCUUAUGAAGUUAUUGAAUAUUGAUCAGUUCUUUCAAUUCCUAGUGCUGCUAAUUAUUUGAAGGUCAUAGCGUAAUUGGAGUGAUAGGAGGAGCAACAGCACUUAUAGGGGACCCAACAGGCCGAACAGCAGAGCGUCCUCAACUGGAUCACAUGACGGUCAGGAGCAAUGCCAUUCGUCUUGAGAAGCAGCUGAGAAGAAUCUUUGACAAUCAUGAAAAGUACUUCUGGGAGAAAUCAGAUCCCCUGGUGCCCCUUAAGGUACUCAACAACAUGGACUGGUAUGAGCAGUUUGGUAUUGUGGACUUCCUGCAGGAAGUGGGGCGUCACCUUCGUAUGAAUGCCAUGAUCUCACGACAAAGUGUCAAGACCCGGCUUGAUGGUUCAGGUUUGUCCUUCACUGAAUUCACUUACCAAGCAAUGCAGGCCUAUGACUGGCUUCAUCUGUUCCGCAAGUUCAAGUGCAGAGUGCAGAUAGGUGGAAAUGACCAGAUAGGCAACAUUGUCACAGGGCAUGAUCUACUCAGCCGGGCUGAAAACACUCAGGUCUAUGGCCUCACUGUUCCCCUUGUCACAGCUGAAUCUGGUGACAAGUAUGGAAAGUCAGCUGGCAAUGCCUUGUGGCUGGACCCAGAGAUGACUUUGCCCUUCGACUUGCACCAAUUCUUCCUUCGACUUCCAGACCCUAUAGCUGAAACCUUCCUCCGUCUCUUCUCAUUCCUUCCACAGAGUCAGGUAGAACAACUAGUGGAAAAUCAUCUUCUGGCCCCAGAAAAACGAAUUCCCCACAAGUACCUUGCUGAGAAUGUUGUCACCCUUGUUCAUGGUGUAGAAGGGCUCCAGUCAGCACAACGAGCCACAGAAGCCCUGUUCCAGAAUUCAGCAGAAGCACUGUGUGAUAUGAGUCAGGAUGAACUGUCUUGUCUGUUACGUGGUGCACCACAAGUGUCCCUCUUGUUAAAGCCAGGCACAACCAUCCUGGAUGCAGCAAUGCAGGCCAAGUGCUUUCUCACGGAAAGGGAUGCACAUAGAAUCAUCACCAGCGGGGGAUUCUAUGUGAAUCAGCGCAAGGUCACCAACCCAAACAUAGUGUUGAUAGAGGGUGAACACAUUCUGCCAAACAGGAUGACAGUGGCUCGUGUUGGCAAGAAGAGUCAUGUCUUGAUCCGUUGGGCCAUCUAGUCCUGAUUUUUCUUUUUCAAUUGGAUUUUUUUUUAUCAACUUUGUUUUGUGGUAAAAUGAACACUCCCUGUUACUUCUUAGAUUUUUUUUUUCCAUGUCUGCGAUUUGGUGCCAAAAAACUGUUCAAUGUAAACUCCUUUACUAAACAAACAUUUGU